AUGGAGCCACAGAGAGGAGGAGAGCAGAGGAUACUUUUAAAGAGACACAGCAAGCCGAAACACGACUGCGUCCGCCGGCCUUUCGUACUAACAGAGCCCGAAAAACAACCCAAGCCUGACACCCCCACGGCCGAAGCAGCAAACCCCCAGAUUCACGCUCUUCUCCGUACUCCCACUGCCAUUGGGCAGACAGGAGUGCACACAUGCCGCGCUGAAGCUGCCGUCCGCCCGGGAACAGACCUCACAUCUCCCCGGGAACGAUGCACCCUUAACCUGGGUACAAGUUUCUCAUUACCCCGUUCCCACGUGAUGGACUCGGUGAGUGACUCGGCGGUCAUGGACUCAGUGCAUGACCAGGUGUUGGAGUCCCUUCGUGACUCGGUGGAUGUCCGGUUACAGGCCGUGUUGGCUCCCACUCACCCAACCUUAGACUCCACUCAGCGGGCAGUGCUCGGGUGGAGGCUGGAGGCCGCAGCUCAGGACCUACUGGAGAUGUUCAAAUGUAGCAUUGAGAAGAUCCAGUCCGAGCUGAAGACAGAGUUACAGAGACAGAGAAAGCUUUUGGAGACACUGCUGCAGUCUGCAGAUAGGAGAGGGGAGGAUGUGCAGCAGGAGGGGCAGCAGGAGGAACAGGCUGAAAAGCAGGAGUCUCUGCAGGAGUCUCUGCACGAGGCGCAGCAGGAGUCGCAGCAGAAGAGCCAGAGGAAGCGCGGCCGAAAGCCUGGGGUCAGACUGGUGCCCAAACCCAAGACCACAACGGCUGACAACUUCUCCUGCCACCUGUGCUCUGCACACUUCAGUCAUGUGACCACGCUUUGGAGACACCUGAGAAGCCACCGUGGUGACUCCACCAAUCACGGAGCAGGGGCUGAGCAGGUAGCCAAUCAAGGAGAAGGAGACCGCAGUAGAGCUAUCGUGGACUACUUGUACCUGGACACAAUGGCAGGUCAAAGUCCUGAUGAGGACGGAGGAGACGAGAAAAACAAGGAGAGAGGAGGCAAGGACACAGGAGACAAGGACACAGGAGAGGACGAGUGGGCUGCAGCUGAACCGGAAGACGAUUCGGAGACUGAAGCAAAACCACGCAAAAAACGCAAGAAGAGGAAACCGGAGACCAAGCCCCGAGCCAAGAGGAAGCUGAGAGAGCAAAAAAAGCCAUCACCAGAGGAGGGGACUAAGAAGAGGAAAAAGAGCGCUGGGGGUGGAGCCUGUCGCGUGUGUGGCGCAGAGUUUCGCAGGAAGAUGGCACUGGUGAAACACGUCCUGUGUUUUCAUGGUGACGGAGGUGUGUGUGGUCUGUGCGGCAAGUCAUGUGACACAGAGUUGGCGCUCACGGACCACCUGAAGGAGCACUACGACGAGAAUCGCUUCUCCUGCACCAUCUGUGGGAAGCGGUUUCCCGCCCAGGCCUCUCUCCUCAUGCACGAACGUGUGCACACGGGCGAGCGACCGUACAGCUGUUCUAUCUGUGGUAAAACCUUUAACCAGUGUGGGAACCUGAAGACCCACCUGAAGAUCCACACGGGAGAGCGCGCCUUCACCUGCCACCUGUGCGGCCGCGGAUUCACCCAGAAGCAGACCCUCCACGUGCAUGUGCGCUUCCACCUCAAGGAGCGCUCAUACCUCUGUCAGGUCUGUGGGAAAGGCUUUAUGCAGCACGUGGACCUGAAGCGUCACAUCCUGGUUCACUCAGGAGAGAAGCCGUACGUCUGCUCCAUCUGCAGCAAGAGCUUUCAGGCCAAACGCUCCCUGAACAUCCACAUGAGAGGCCACCAAGGGGGGGUGGGGUCUGAGAGGGGGGUGGGGUCUGAGAGGGGGGUGGGGGCAGGGCCUGAAAGGGGGGAGGAGCCACAACUGAUCAGAACACUGCCCGCUGCGCUCUCCUCCUUCACGGCCGACUCAGAGCUUUUCCGUGGCCUGCAGGGGGCGCUGGAGAGAGGGGCUGGGCCUGCGGGAGGUAGCGUGUCCAGGGGGGAGGAGUCAUUGCAUACUACACACCUCCAAGGGCGGGGCUUAGACCUGGGCCGGAGACUUGGGCUGGAUGCAGCGGUGGGAGAACUGCUGUUCAGAAGCCAGCAGGAGACACUAGUGGGGAGAGGGGCGGGGCUAGCGGCAAGAGAGUUGGGGCUGUUAGCCAGGGGGGCAGGGGUGGAAAUGAGAGGGGCGGAGUCUGCAGUUAUGGGGGCAGAGACGAAAAAACAAGAGACAAAGGAAACAAGAACUGAGGGCGCAACUGACACAGAGCGGAAAGGUGCACACGUAGAGGGGAGAAGCGCGCAUGUGGAGGGAAGGACCGUGCACGUGGACAAAGCUUUUCACGUGCACUCCAAUUUACAUCAAAGGCCUGCGCAUGUAAGGCCUGCACACGUAGAAGCUCGGAGCGCGCACAUGGAGAGAAGUGUUCAGGUGGACAGGGCCCCACACAUAGAGCAGAGAGGCGUGCAUGUGGAGGGGAGGAGUGCGCACAUAGAGGGGAGAAACGUGCACAUGAGCAGCAGAGGCGCGCACAUGGACAGGGGCACGCACAAAGACAGAGCAGUGCACGGUGAAGCAUCAGCGCACAAGAGCGUUCACGAGAGAGCUGCGCACGUGGAGCAGAGAGCUAGAAACCACUCUCACUUCAUCCAGCUGUGA